GUGUGGGCUGAUAAGUGUGUGCUAUCACGUGCGGGCGAUCAUCCGCAGUAGCUUUCCCUGCCCAAGUUAAAUCACCUUCACAUAUCUUCUUCAGCAUACUGGCCUUUAUUUUCCAACAACAGGCUCUGUUGAAAUCAAUCUUUCUUUAUAUUCUUUUAGCUAGCAUUUACACUGAGAUAUACUAUACAGAUUCUCUUUUCAUUUUUUUCUCUUUUUGGUAUCCUCUUCAAUAUGGGCUACUGCGCAACUUUCACUUUACGCGCAUAAUGCCGCGCAAGCGCAAAGCAUCAUCUCCUGUGUAUACAAAUCGAAACCACGAAUCCAGGAGAAAACGGUGGAAAGAAACAUACAUCCUAUCUUCCAGUGAAGGCGAGCAGGAAGUCAAUGAAAUAGGAGGCGAAGAGUAUCCUAUUAACUGCAUUCUUGACGAAGACGAUACAAGGUAUUUGAUAGACUGGGAAGGACCUUGGUCACCAACUUGGGAACCGAAGGAGUGCGUGAACGACGUUGCUCUUGAGGUUUGGGAGGAGACUAAGAGAAAACGUACUGCAGAACGGAAAAAGCAGCUAUCUGAGAUACCUCAAACGCUGUCACAACUCUCACACUCGGUGAGUCAAGGUUCGGGGCAUCCGGAGCUCCCUUCCGCCCGACGCCAAACCGAGGAACGUCAACCUGCCAUCCGAUCUGCUUCUCCAUUGUUUAUACCAUCUGAAACUGUACCAGAAGACCAGUUCUCAGUGACUGCAGAUCAUCCUUUAAAGAAGAACCCUCAUUCGGCCAGUGCAACUACUAACCUAGCAGGUCCCGAAACUAGUACUCAGGGCAGGAGACCUUCAUUUGAGGCAGCCUCACCAAGUACCGUCCCCGUUUUCGAGUAUAUUCCUCAAUCUCCUAUUCCAGCUGAGUAUCAGCUACCGGGAGAAUCAGCAGAGCCUCCUGCAGGGCUUUCCACUCUCAGUAGGGACGGUAACUUAGAGCAGCCGGCCGCUUCGGUCAAUUCCCGGAUAGUGGAGGCUACUAAAUUGAGUGGUCACAACAUUCGACGGCCUUUGCCUUCUGAGGGACAAAUAACCGAUCGCAAGGAGCUUGUUGAAAUCGCAGAGACACCAUCCGCCAGCCCGAGCGAGACUUCACGCAUUAACUUCGAAGAAAAAGAAAGUGUCUCUCAAGUGCCAUCUUGCUUUCCAGAUCUUCGUUCAAACUCCAGCAGCAUAACCUCUCUAGUCUAUCCACUUAGCUCCAACACGUCGUGGGUACAUACGGGCGUUGGACGGCUUAGGUCUGUACCUGAGUCGAUUUUUUUGGACACUUCUCAGAAAUCUGGAAACUCCGAUUCUUACACUGCACUGAGGGGGUCGGUAUCCCAGCAUCUUGCUAUUAACUUCUUUACCAGAACUAUGGAUCCCCCGAGUCGGAGCAGAGAAACACCCUCAUUAGCCGAGACCAUGGAGAAAUACAGCCAUGUUGAAGGAUCUACUCCGAGGGAAAAAAUGAGAAACGCUUAUGCGCAACUACGUGCUAGACAGCAAACCCCGAAGACAUUACAGACGCCCGGCGUUAGCGCUACACCGUCUUCUGCUGAGGAUAUCGAAUACUUGGCCCCGGCACCCGCAGCUGAUAAAACAGCCCCUCUCAGUGUUAGGGCUGACAAGGAGCCUGCUUCACACAUCCAAGGUGCUUCACGAGCGGGAAUACAUCCUACAAUUGCGGAGCCAGUGAUACACCCAACUCAAAUUGAAAAUUUUGAUCAAUCCGCUGUUCAGACUAUUCAGCCAAGUGCGUUGGCCGUCAGCGAUGUUGAGAAGCCGCACCCAGGCGCAGUUAAACUUGGCCCAGCAGAAUUUGCCGUCCCUCUUCCCAUGGAUUCUAGAGUGAAGGAUGAUUAUGACCAGGUCUUGACAGAAGAGGCUCAAGACAUCCAAGAGUUUUUGACCAGCUGUGAUGUCAGCUCUCAGAUGCGUGAUGAAGACCGUGAGCGACUCAUUACUAAGAUGGAUAGAAUAACAAGACAGUUGAACAAUAUCACUACCCAUCCAGAUCUGAACAUUGCCACCCAUAUCAAAGAUUCAGAGCCGGACUUAGAAAAGGAAGCCUCAUGGGCUGAAUAUUCCAGCGCGAAAUUCCUAUUUCUGGGCUAUAUUGUGGAACUUGCGAAUAAUAGCGAUAUGCACUUGAUUAUCAUGGUGCAAGGCGGGAAAGGUCAGCAGAUCUUAGAGUGCUAUCUUCUGGGCAAGGGACUUGUAUAUACCAGACCUCGCGAGACCAUGGGAGGUGGAACCAAUGUUGAGCUUUCCAUGAUGAAAGGCUCUCUGAGCUUUGGGAUUCAAACGACUCAAAAUACAGGUGUCCUUGAGACGUACAAACGACCGUCCGCUUUGAUUGCGCUGGAUUCAACUUUUAACGUGAGGAGUCCUUCCGUCGAGCAUAUCCGAACGACCUAUGCUCAGCAUGGGAAUUUGCUUCCCGUCAUCUAUCUUCUUGUUGCCAACAGUAGCGAGCAUAUCGGGCGUUGCUUCCCUGAUUCGACCGGACUUGAACGACUCCGUCUACUUAUUCGAUACAUCCUUCGACUACGUGAUGUUGUGGGUGAUCUUCAGGACGAUGCCCUAGGUGUCCAUGAAGAUGCGGAUGAAAUUCUAUGUUGGCUUCUCUCGGAAAAUCCCAACGCGAGCUGGCCAUUGCCUGCCAUCGAGGCCUUGCAGAUUACGGAAUCUGCCCCCCAAGGACCUCCCCUGUCCCAAUUAUCCGUUGCUGCGACACCGAUCCAGAAACGCAUAUCUGAUGCAGAUGGGGAUCAGCCGACGUUGAAGCGGCAGCGGAUGGAAUCGUCCCAAUGCUCUAGCCAGUUGACUGAAUCUUCUAAACCUUUCAGUCAAACUUGGAGCAGAAAUCUGCAUACAUUGGAAAAAAACCUCGUACAAAUGAAGAAUGCGCAUGCUGCUGAGAUUAUUAAAUUACAAGAGUCGUUGAAGGAUGCUCAGCGUCGGUUGCGAGAGAAGGACUCAACCUUGGAGUCUCUUCAACACCGCUACGAGAGUCGAACAAAGGAGUUCCAUAGAAUUCGAAGGGAAUGCGAUCGUCUAACGGAGCUGAAGAAUACUUCUGAGCAGCGAAUAGAGAGGCAAAAAGAGGAAAUCACUAAGCUGAAAGACGAACGCACUCAGUUAAGGCAUGAUCUUGAGACAGCGAGAAGUUCUUUGAAAGUAGACGGUGGAGGUGUGGCAGAAUUGGAACAUGCACGAGAAGAAAUCCGUCGCCUGGAGAAAGAAAACGCAAGCUUAACGCGAAAAGCAGAUUACGAGAAGAAUCAGGCGGAAUAUACUCGGGAGCAAUACCAGACUGCAUCUACCGUAGCCGCACAAUCUGGGAAUGAGAUCCGCCAGCUGAGAGAAGAGAACAGUGAGCUGCGACGCAAAGUGGCCGGUGAAGUCUGCCGACUCAAGGAAAUUAACUUGAAGAAUGACGAGUCUGUCCAUCUUUCACGUAUCGCGGAAUUGGAAGUUCUCCUUGUAUCCCGCGAGGAUUUGCUAUCUAGGAAGGAGGCCGAGCUACGCGAAAUCCGGAAGAAUCGUCCUUCGACGCGUUCGACAAGCAUUCAACCUAGGAGCCCGAAACUGAAUGCAAAUAGUCGUCCAUCCAGCCCAGGGUUUGUUAGCAGAGGCAGUAAUCUGAGACACAGCUCGGAACCGGGGAACAACAACUCAUCUAGUUGAGAAUCUAUCGUGAAGAUCAACCAUGGGAUUGACAUGCGGAACUUAGACCAAGGGGCUUUGAUAUAAGGUGUUACUUUUUUUUCUUGAUUUUCCUUCUGCUUGCUUUUUCUUGUUUAAACAAGCAUACGUCCAUAGAUCUGGGGAACUUGAAGAUCUCUCGGAUGGUCUUCUUUUUCUCUCGUCCCGAUCUGUUUCUCACUACGGCGUGUUGCAUUUAUUAGCGCUCGAUCUCUUUUCGAAUUACUGCCACUGCUAUUCUUUACGUGGUCAGAAGUCAACGAAGAUGGCACUUAUCCA